GUAAGCGUGUGUGUCUUGGGGAGCAGCUGGCCAGGAUGGAGUUAUUCCUGUUUUUCACCUCCCUGCUGCAGAAGUUUUCAGUUACUGCACCUGCUGGAGAGAAACCCAGUCUGGACUUCAUUUUGGGAGCCACACGCAGUCCCAAACCUUAUCGUCUGUGUGCUGUGCCACGUUAGAGCACGAGUUAUCCUCAGCUGAGCAUGUCUGUUUCUCUGCGCUCUCAAUGACUGUCUUCUGCUAUUGUUUUUGAUGCAAUGCAUAAAGAAUAUCUGCUUUACUGUUCUCUCUGUCUAUCUCUAGCGCUCUAGUGUAAGUAAUUAAUAAGUAAUAUAUAUUUUAAAUUGAAUUUGAACGUAUUUUAAUUUUUGCACGAUUUUUCUGAAUAAAUAUGGACUCACAAAUAAAAUAAUCCUGAUGCAAUAAAUCCACAGACCAUUACAACCUCUCAAGGGAAUCACCAAAACGUCGUACUUAUGAUAUUUUCUCUGCACAUUGGAUUUGUUGAACCUGUAAAUAAUUUAUUUAGAGAUUAUUACACACAUAAAAUACUUUUUUCAAAUGAUCACUUACCAAAAGAAUGAAAAUCUGAAAAUAAUAGCAGAAAACCAGCAAAUCUUCACACAAGUCCAUCUUUGAGAUGAUGGACUUUUGAAAUGUUCUUCUUUUAUCUAUAUAAUUUUUUAAAUGGUUUUCCGUGAGAGAAGUUAAACAGCUGAGAUGCCUUCCUCACCUGUAUAACUACUGGUCAGUGCACCUUAUUGUCCUUCCUUGUCUAUGGAGAUUCAGUACAGCAACUUGUAACUAUUUUUUCUUACUGAUACUUUGUUUAUGCUUUUGUUGUUGAAUCUCACAUGUAAAGGAGAUUUCAAUCUCAAUAAAUUACUUCAUAAAAAUA